AGAGAUUCUCAAUCAAAUUAAUAGCCGUGAACAACUAUUUGCAAUUGGAGGAAAGCAGAGAAGGAAGAAAGAAAGGGGACGGGGAUUGAACAUGGGCUUUCAAAGGGAUUCCCCCAAGAAUUCUCCAAAAGCAUCACCAAAGAAGAAAACUAGCCUUCAGCACCUAUUUGAUCUAGAUUCCAAGCCUUACAUUGGAAGUAACCUUUCUAGUCCCACCAAUGGUAGGCAAUCUUCCUUUGGCACCGAAUAUGAGGAAAUCCUCCCUGCAAUCUCUGACUGCAACUUCAUUUUCACUUUCACUGAUCCUCUGGAGUCCCCUUCACAACAAGAGCUCAAGCGCCUCAAGCUUAUUCAAGUUCUCUAUCUGAUCAAAUCCUCCAAGAAGCCAUUGCAUGAACACCUUCUGUCACCUCUCAUGUCCAUGGUGUCUGCCAAUCUCUUCAGGCCACUCCCUCCACCUUCCAAUACUUCCAUCAUCUCAGACUUACCUGAUGAUGAAGAACUUCUUUCCACUUUUGCACCGAUAUGGCCACACUUGCAGAUUGUUUAUGAUAUUCUCCUUAGGCUAGUUCUGAGUGUAGAUCCCAAGACACUUCGAGAUUACAUUGAUCGCCAUUUCAUUCUCAAUCUUCUCUUUCUCUUUCAGUCUGAAGACCCUAGAGAAAGAGAGAGCUUGAAGAAUGUUUGCCAUCGGAUAUAUUCGAGAUUCACCUUCUAUAGAUCAUUAAUUAGAAAAGCAAUGAACGAUGUCUUUUUGCACUAUGUUUUUGAGACAGAAAGGCAUUGUGGGAUUGGUGAGCUGCUUGAGAUAUGCGGAAGCAUCAUCAACGGCUUUGCGGUUCCAUUAAAAGAGGAGCACAAGCUCUUCUUGAUGAGAGUGCUUCUCCCACUGCACAAGACCAAGGGUUUGCAGGUUUACCAUAGGCAGCUGGCUUACUGCGUUUCUCAGUUUGUGCAGAAAGAGCCUGCUCUUGGUGGAGUGGUGGUUAGAGGGAUUCUAAGAUACUGGCCAGUCACCAAUUGUCAGAAAGAAGUUUUACUUAUAGGAGAAUUGGAGGAACUGGUGGAGAAUAUAGAUCCUGAUCAGUACAGGAAGUUGGCUCUGCCUAUAUGCACCCAAAUUACGAGAUGUUUGAGCAGUAGCAACUCACAGGUUGCUGAGCGAGCACUGUAUGUAUGGAACGAUGAGCAGUUUGUGAAGAUGGCAUCAACAGCAAUGGAAGAUGUGUUUCCUGUGGUAGUUGAAGGCAUGGAGAAGAACCUAAAGCUGCACUGGAGCAAGAGUGUCAAGCAAUUGACAGAAAAUGUCAAGGCCAUGUUGGAAGAAAUGGCUCCAACUCUAUACCAUAGGUGCCUCCAAGAAACCGAGCAUCGGGAAUCCGAAGCUUGCCAGGAGGAAAUGAAGAGGAAACAGAAAUGGGACAGAAUAGAAAUGGCAGCAAAGCAGAACCAGCUCCUCCAACCACCAAAAUACAUAUGUGCUUCUCAUUGAAGUACAAGGUGUAAUAUUUUGUGCUGGCACUAAUUUUCAGAAACAAUUAACAUAAAAUCUUAACUAUUUCAGUGA